UUUUUGCCAAGUCAAUCGAGCGAGUCCCUCGGUUCCCUGCAGUUCUGUUUCGCUGCAGGGCGAAGGCAGAGUCUUCUGCUGGAAACUCCAGAGUGGGGCCGUCAUGGAUCUGCUCCUCGUGGGUACCCUCUUGCUGUUUCUCGGGGUCUCCGGGUCGGCUUCUCCUCCCGCAGAGGAUUCCCUGGCCCCCCGUGACGCAGCCAGGGUCGUGGUGGAAGCGUACAACCAGGAAACAGACACACGGGCCGUCUUCAAGCUGCUGAAAUUCAGAAGCACCCACAAAACGAGGUUUGACUGGGGUGUCCACUUCAGCAUGAAUUUCACCAUCAAGGAGACCGGCUGUCAGAAGACGAUGACCAGCUACAAGCCUGGAGAAUGCAAAUACAAGCCUAGCGGGGCCAUAAAGGAGUGUUCGGCCGAGGUUUCCUUCCUUAACUUCAUGCAAGAUACACCCCUGACGUCUGUCCAAUGCACUCCCGUGCAGCGGGGCAGUGGCGGGAAGUCCAGAUCCCCGCCCAGACCCCAGACGGUGCCAGUUGUGCCCAGGAUACACGUGGAACAUUACAUGCCAUCUGCCUACAUUACUGCAGCUCAGAUGAAAAUAGAGGUCGAGUGAGGGGCGACGCCAAGGGCCUGCCCGCCAAAGGUCUUUCUUGGAGCCAGAGGCCUCGUCUGCGCAACCAGGGUAGCGCAGGACGCUCGCUGGAAAGACCCCUGGUGCCUUAUUUGCCUAGCAGAAUGUUAUCUUCCGCUUCUUGUAUCCACGUGUCUUCCGCCGUCCGGCGCAGGCCUCCGCGUUUCGUGUUGCUUCGCUUUGCUUUUUUGGCCUGAGUUUGUGCACGCUCCUGAAUUGCAGCAUAAUCCCCUUUUUGAAACCCCUGCGGAUGUUUCGCAAUGCAUGCGCAAUGGUUUGCUUCUCGUGGUUGCGGCGGCCUGCGUUUCAAAACAUCCCUGUCGAAGGUGACCGGGUCAGCAAAUCUCGCUGCCUGGCUUGGCUCUUUUGUUUCUGCUUUGUAAUGUCACCGGCUUGCUUUAGGGAUUACAAACUUAUAGCUGCCGGCUGGUGACUCCUUGGUAAGGCCAGUUACUGGUUAGUUAUCCAGGGUGGCUGGUCACUGUUUCAGUGGUCUGCCUGCAAUCUUGUAAAUAAAG